CUUUUCUGUGUGUCACAAUCCCCAAUGGCCACUUCACUACCUAGAGCCCUUUCUCUACUACGUUCAACACUUAACAAACCUUCUUUAUCUCCAUUUUUAUCUCAAACCCCUAAAGCAUUCUUCACUAUCAAACCUAAGGUUCCUAAUUUUGCUAGGUUUAUAUCAUCAUCAAUGGCUUCAGAUUCCAAAGAUUCUCCCGCCAAUAACCCAGGUCUUCAUGCCACUCCUGAUGAUGCAACUAAAGGUUACUUUUUGCAGCAAACUAUGUUUAGAAUUAAGGACCCUAAAGUCAGUCUUGAAUUCUACUCCAAAGUUCUGGGCAUGUCCUUACUCAAGAGAUUGGAUUUCCCUGAGAUGAAGUUCAGCUUAUACUUCAUGGGAUAUGAGGAUACAUCAUCAGCACCCAGUGAUCCAGCUGAACGUACGGCUUGGACCUUUAGUCAGAAAGCUACAUUAGAGCUUACACACAACUGGGGUACUGAGAGUGACCCUAAUUUCACGGGUUACCACAAUGGGAAUUCAGAACCACGUGGUUUUGGACACAUAGGUGUCACUGUUGAUGACGUCUACAAGGCUUGCGAGAGAUUUGAACAACUGGGUGUGGAAUUUGUAAAGAAGCCUCUUGAUGGAAAAAUGAAAGGUAUUGCAUUUGUUAAAGAUCCUGACGGCUAUUGGAUCGAGAUUUUUGACACUAAAACUAUCAAAGAAGUUGCUGGUGCUGCUUCUUGAUUCAGGAGCUCUUCGAGUUUCUAUCACGAGUCUUGAUCAACUCAGAUUGAAGAGAGAGUUCUCGUAAACAACGUUUUCUUUCCAGGUUAAAUGUGUUGGCAAAUGAGUCUUGUGCUGUGUUUAGGGAAAAGGCUUUUAUAAAACUCCUGUGAUUGCAAAACUAAUUACAAUGAAAAAGAUUUCUUCAAUGAUUGAUAGUCCUUGGAUUUUGAAGUA